GCUCACGUGACAAAACAAUAGGUCACGUGAUGAGAGAGCUGCUUCCCGUGAUCCUACAGUUCAAACCCAGACAGCACGCGCGCAAGGUGUCGACAACAGCAGUCCUGACGAAAUGGCGGAAACUCGUGACGCAAAUGAACUUCUGUGGCAAGCUUCUGAGAAAGGCUCACUUCAAGACGUUAAAACGGCUUUGAAAUCAGGUGCAGACAUUGACUUUGACCACGCGGACUGUGAAGGAUGCAGUGGUACGGCAUUGUACGUUGCUAGCACGGUGGGUCACGUCGACAUAGUGAGACUGCUGCUCCGCAAGGGGGCGUCUUUGGUCAAGAGAGCCAAGACAUCAGCCGCUCCCCUCCAUGUAGCAGCGAUAGAAGGGAAGACAGAAGUGGUGGAUCUACUGGUGCAACAUGGUGCAACAUUGGACACACAGGACGGCUGGCAGAAGACACCACUCAUGGUUGCAUUUAGCUAUAAUCGUGUCGAUACUGUUCGAAGACUGAUUGAGCUUGGAGCAAGGCCUGAUUUAGUCACCGACGAUUACAUAGCCACGAUGUUGAAGUACCUUGACUGUGACGAGAGUUUGAAGCUGGUACAAGAGGCGAGGCAGUCCAAGCUGUUGAGAUGCUGCAACCCUAAGUGUGGCAAACCUGACUACAGGUCAGCCCUGAAGCUGUGUGGCGGGUGCAAGCUGACCCGCUACUGCAGCCGUGACUGUCAGAUACAACACUGGUCUGUCGGACACAAGAAGUGCUGUGGGCAUGACGU